AUGCUAAAUGAAGAAGACGAAAACAAUGAUUUCAAAUAUACUACAACUUUAUCAACAUCUUCUACUAUAGUAUCAUCAUCAUCAUCAUCAUCAUCACUGUUAUUCAGAUCUGCAUCAACAUCAACGCUGACUAGAAAUUAUAAUAGAGGAAAACAACAACAACAACAACAAUCAUAUGAAAGUCAAGAAUUUAAAGAAAAAGAUGAUCAAACUAUAGAUAAGAAAAAGAAUAAUUCUACAUCAUCAUCAUCAUCGUCGUCGUCAUCAACUACGUCACCAACAACACCAAGUUCAAGAGUAACAGAAGAACAAACACAAUUGUUUGAAAGUUUGGCCAAGUUUAUCAUAGAGAUCAAGUCACCGAUUGUUAUGCCCAAUUACCAACCCUAUCCAAUGAUUCAAAACAUUAUCGAAUUUGAACAAGAGUUGUUUGACUCUAGACAAGGAGCUGGCGACGAAGAACUAGUACCACAACACCAACAACGUCAAAAAGAGAUUGAAAGACAAGUCAGAGAUUCUCUAAUGUCUGGUCAAUCUCCCUUUUCUACCCUUUCAACCAAAGAAUUACAUCAACAAUUGAAUGCUCAAUUUAAAAGUUUUAAUGAUUUCACUUCGAUACUUGAUGCAAUUAGAUUAAUGCCAGUUUAUUAUCAAGAUCCAGAUGUAAUGUUUAAAGUAUUCAAUUGGUUUACGGAAAAGGGAUGUCAAAAGACAGAGAUAUUUAAUUUCUUUUUAGAGUAUUUCCGACGAUUCAAACAAUAUCAUUUCUCCAAAGUCAAUCAUGAGAUGAAAAAGAGUGCCAAAGCAAACAUUGACACUUACAAUACACUUUUGGCCUACUAUAGCGAGAACAUGUUGUUUAAAAAUGUAAGGUUGACAUUUGCAGAGAUGGAACGAUUGGGUAUCGAGUAUAAUAUCGUUACACAUAUUCUCAAGAUGAAAGAUUCUACAUUUCCACCCAAGAGACUCGAACGACUCAUUCGCGAAUUGGAGACACAGUUUGAAGACGAGAUUGAUGAAUCUAUCAAUGCGAUGCUUCUCCAUUCAUCGCUUUGCUUUUUAAACGAUACUAGCCGAGCAUUGUCAUAUUAUAGCAAGAUAAAGGCUGCGCAGGGACAGCCGUCUCAGGCCACCUAUCAUUCUCUGUUGGUUGGAUUGACGGCGUUGGUUCGUUUUGAUUUGGUUCGAAAGUAUUGGAGUGAAAUGAUUGGAUUGGGUAUCGACCCAGAUAUGCGUACAGUGGCUGCAAUCAUUAGAACGGCUGCCGAUGUUAUGGAUGCCAAUGCUGCAAUUGACUUUUUCCGUUUUGCCAACAAAUCCAAACCAGAGAUUAGUGUGUCGUCACACGUCCUCGGUCAGCUGCUCCAAGUACUGUUGUUUGGCCAGAAAUACGAUCAAGUCGAAGAGAUGAUGAUGCAUUUGGAAAAGAAUCAGCUCUACACGUUGGAGAUUUACAACUCUGUCAUUUGGGCAUUCUCGUACAACCGUGAUGCAUCAACCUGCGAAAAGAUCUAUCAAUCGUUGGCCAAGCAGUUUGAACCGACACUCGAGACAUUUGAGCCGCUCAUCACCUCGGCCGUCGUUGUCAACGACCUCGAACUCUGCACCAAGUAUUUCCGCGAGAUGCUUCGUUGUAACGUCCACCCCAACGAACGUCUGCUCAACAUCCUCACACGUAUCUAUCUGCGUCAUGGCAAGUUCAAGGUUGUCUAUCGUCUUGAAAAGUUGAUUGCCCAAAACAACAUCUUGUCGCCAUCCUCUUUUGCAUCGGUACUCAUCUUUAACAAACACAACAACGAGCAUCGUCUCAAACACCUUGUCAGCAAACUUCACAAGCUCCAACCCAACUUUAAGUACCGUACAUUGGAUUUGUGCGUACAAGAGUCGCUCUUGAUGGACGACUAUGAAGGUGCACUCGAGUGGCUCGAGUUGCGUAUGAACAUAUCCGACUAUUUGUCGCCCUAUCCAUUCUACUUUUUCAUUGCCUAUCACAAGGCUCGUCAAGAGGAGCCACACACAGACUAUUGGUUCCAAAAACUAACCGACUAUAACCUUAAACUCGACCAUUCCGAGAUUGACCGUUAUCGCAGACAUUUCAAGAAACUUUAUAACCCUCUUCCAUUGGUCAUUGAUAGAGAGUAUGAUAUUGCAACUGAUGACAGUAUUCUUGAUCAACAACAAAUACCAGAAGAUGAUGAAUAUAUGGCAGCAGCAGCAGUUGAACAACAACAACAACAUCAACAACCCACCACAUCAUCGUCAAAGUCUAAAAAGAUUAGUAUAAGUCAGAUUUUGGAGAAUAUUACCAACUUGCAAACUCAACUAAGACACGAAAAACAAGGAACCACAUCGAAGAGGGAUGGAGAUUUAAAAAAGUCGGCAGAAGCAAUCGAACUUGAAGAAAAGGCAAACUUGUUUAAAAAUAUUGCACAGUCUCUCAGACCGGAAGAAGAGGAUCAUAGACUCGACGAUGAAGACGAUGAUGAUGAUGACAUUAAAAUCGACUUUAGAAAAAUAGUACCAGUGACCAACGCAGCAGACUCUUCAUUGGCAGAUUUAAUCAUCCAAUCUUCUUAUUCAUUUAGAUUGCGAUUGAUUGGUUUGAUAAAGGACAAUCAAAUUUUACAGGCUAUUAGAGAGUUCAAGAUCAAGGAACAGAGCAAUAGCAACAUUGAUGUACAAUCGUAUGUCUUGAUGGUCAAGGUAUUUGUUGAACAAAGGGAUUUUACAAAUGCUGAAUCCUUUUACAUCAAGAUGCUCGAUAGAGGCUACACACCAGGUGGUUUCAUCACUAAAGGCAUUUUAGAGGUUUCACAAGCUGGAGGCAAGGAAUCCAUGAAAGCCUUUACACAAACCAUCCAAAACUAUCCCAACAUCCAAACACUUGUGCCUAGAUUCGACGAGAUUCUUUUGUCGAUUGAACUCAAGCUCAAAACCAACGUUGUCAUUAGCAUUGUCAAGCACCCCAAUGCCGACGAGCUUGUCAACUCGGCAUUGAUCAUCAACUCGCUUGCCUACUCGCUUGCACACCGCGGCGAACUCGAGUUGGCCGAAAAGGUGUUGCAAAGCCUGCUGCACAAAAAGAAGCGAAUCUCAUAUCCAACCAUUUCCUUUUUCCACAAGUGCUGCAAUGAAAAGGGGAUUGUACCAAAGAUUACACACGAGUUGGCCAACUACUAUAUGCAAACGAUACAAAGUGGAAACCAACCCAUCCCAACCGAAAUAUUCAAUUCACUCUUGCUCGACGCCUACAACAACGGGCAUUACCAAACCGCAUACAAUGAAUUCAACAAGAGAGCACAUGAAUUCCCACAAGAGAUCAACAACAACACGAUUCGACUGGCUGUCCGUGUCUACUCCAAGGUCUACCCACUUGGCACUGAAUUUGGUAUUGGACAUUGGUUGCAAAUCAAAAAGAACGAUCUUUUGAGAGCAGCCAAAAUAUCGCGAUUCGUCUUUGAGUCUGAACUCCUCAAUGUACUCUACAAUCAAGGCAAAACCGAUGUCAUCAUGGGAUACGCCAACCAAAAGAAUUUCCACAACAUUUCGCAUCUCUCGGAUACGAUGGCCAUCGUUUUGAAAUCAUGUCCAACACCUCAACAAGUCAUUGACCAUGCUUUGCAAAUGCGUCGUGAAGGUUGUAAAUUCCUACCAGAACACAUAGAAAUAAUCAACAAAGCAAACCAAACUGUAAAUAACGACAUUGUAAAGACAUUUACUUGGAAACAAGUGGUCGAACAAAACCCAUCAUUCCUUUUGCCAACUGUCAGAGUUGCCAUUGAAACUUAUUUCUUAAAUAAUCAAGAAGAAGAAGUUUCUCAAUUUGACAACAACGAAUCAGAAGAUCAACAACAAGAUGAACAAGAUGAUGAAUUUGAACAACAACAGGAACAACAACAAUCAUAUGAAAAGGCUGAACAAAAAAGAUAUAAAUAUUUUAAGAAACCACAACCAUCUGGUGGUGAAAAUAAUCUACCUAUAUUCUUUUAA